ACCCGUCCCAUCUGAGAACUUGUCACAAAUCAGAUUGGGUGGAAAAUUAAAAUCUAAACAAAGAGAGCGAGCGAGAGAGCGAGAGUGAGAGAGACAGAAGGAAAGUGCGGUGCCUUUUAUACUCUUGUCAAGAGCACCAGAGGUCCAUUUGUUCUGCGUCUCAGGGAUUGCUGGGAGCAUCCACAGUGUGAGCUGAUGUCACUCCUGCUCAGAAAGCAAAAGGUUUCUCCAAACUGAAAUCAGACCAACAUAAAAAAAGGUGAGAGCGCUGCAGUGCCUGAAGUUCCAGCGAUGUCUGUGCUGGACGGAAGGUGCUCGGAGAACAAGAAGCUCGGCAGCAAGAUGACGUUCGACUUCCAGCACAACACCCCGUCCGACAACGACUCCGGCUGUGCCCUGGAAGAGUACGCCUGGGUUCCUCCUGGCCUCAAACCCGAGCAGGUUCACCAGUAUUUCCGCUGCCUGCCAGAGGAGAACAUUCCCUACGUCAACAGCAUGGGAGAGAAAUUCCGCAUCAAACAGCUCCUGUACCAGCUUCCUCCGCACGACAAUGAUGAAAAGUACUGCCAAACACUGAGUGCGGAGGAGAAGAAGGAGCUGAGGUUGUUCAGUGCCCAGAGGAAGAGGGAGGCGUUGGGGAGAGGGAUAGUCCAGGUGUUUCCUUUGACAGCCACUGGCUCUCUGUGUGAGAAGUGCGGGGGCAAGAUCAGCGGCGGGGACGUGGCUGUGUUUGCCCAGCGGGCGGGGGCGAGGGCGUGCUGGCACCCUUGCUGUUUCGGCUGUGCCACUUGCCACGAGCUGCUGGUCGACCUGAUCUACUUCUACCAGGACGGCAAGAUCCAGUGCGGCCGGCACCACGCGGACCUCUUCAAACCGCGCUGCGCCUCGUGCGACCAGUUGAUCUUUGCCGAGGAGUGCACGGAAGCCGAGGGCAGGUACUGGCACAUGGACCACUUUGGCUGCACUGAAUGCGAGAUGGUGCUGGGAGGCCAGAAGUACAUCAUGAAGGAAGGGCGGCCAUAUUGCUGUCACUGUUUCGAGUCUCUCCACGCGGAGCACUGCGAAACCUGCGGGGAUAUCAUCAGUAUCGACUUCGGACAAAUCACCUUCAACGGGCAGCACUGGCACGCGGUGGGUUCGUGCUUCCGCUGCGCUCGUUGUGAGAAGCCGCUGCUGGGCUGUGCCUUCAGCCCCCGGCACGGCCGUGUGUACUGCUCGCCGGCCUGCGGCGAGACCACCCUCCGGCCCGCGGAACCCCCGGACUCCGACUGGUCCCGGGAAUCCGGCUCCGGGUUCAGUCUGUGUGAGGACGUCGCGUCUAACGGGCCCCCCAGCCCCGUCUCUGCGGGCGGUCUCGCUCUCCCCCCAGCGCCCCCGGCCGAUCACGAUCACGGUCAAGGCCCAGCCGAUCCCGUGCCGGAGGCCAAGAAGAAAUCACGGAAUUCCCGGCAAAUUCCCGGACAGGACCGGGAAGCCCGGAACGCCGCGAUGAUGAUGAGGAGACCGGAGGCCGAGGGCGAAACUGUGGAGCGCGGAGCCGGGCGGGACGAGCCAGGCAAGACGUCCCCGGGAGGCGAGGAGCUGGGGGGCCGGGCCCCGGAGGAGCAGAAACCGCCGCCGCGAGCUCCGGAGCCUCCUGCCCGAGACCCGGGCUCGGCCGGCAAACGGCAGCCGGAAGCGCACGGCCCGCAGCGCAGGGGGCAGCCCAGGAGCCGGGAGGCGGAGACCGGUAACGCCCGCCCGGAGCUCCAAGAGGAGCCGGAAACGACCCAGCGACACCGGGAACGCCGCUCGGAAAAGUCACCCCCGACACCGGGAGGGAACCUCGCGGAGCAGAGGAGCACGAGACGAAACCAGGAGGCGUCAGCGACAGAUCAGAGCCCAGAAGGGGCUUCGACCGAAGAAAAACACAAGCCGCAGAAACCGUCCAAGCCUUCGGAUCGCUCCUGCCCCCGGGAAACAGAGCAGGGAUUGGAGGUGAAGAAGGUCAGGGGUCCGGGGAUACUGAAGCCCACCUCCUACCAGCCGGUCUGCCGCCCAGACCCCGAGCCCAGGUGCCGACGGGCGUCGGAGUCGUUCUCCCCGGGGGUCUCCGCCUUCUCCCCCGACCCCGGAGCUGGGGGGCGAGGCGGCGGCGGGGGCUACCGGACUCCGCUCAGCGAGCAGACCAGGAGGAAAGUCUACAGGUACAAAGGACAGAGCCACAGCCACAGCCGGAGACGGUCCCGGCCGGUGCGGAGAUCCUGCUCGGACGAGGCUCUGCACACGAUCACCGAGCGGUCACCGGAGGACGCUUACAGCGAACCGCUCUCGGGCCGCGACCAGCAGCCGGUCGGGGCCAGAGCGGGUCGCGAGGACCGAGCGAUCAAGCAAACGCACGCGCGGCAAGCCCGGUGGGACGCGGACCGGGGCGCAGCUCUGCGGAGGUCGGGAUCGGGUCUGGACAGGUUCCUCAACCCGCGUUGCCGUGAUUUGGAGGAGGAAGAGGAGGAGGAGGACCACGACUGCUGCUGUUCGACCUGCUCCUCGUCUUCCUCGGAUUCCGAAGAGGAAGGUUACUUCCUGGGGCAGCCCAUCCCCCAGCCCCAGCCCAAACCCCCCGGAGAGCCACGGCAGCUCAGUCCGGCCAGCGACGGAGCCCUGGUAGCAGGGGGCUGGUCGCACAGGAAGAGGGGACAGAGGAGUAAAAACUGCACCGUGUCUUGAGCGCAGAGCUGAGCCCCACCGUGUAUUUAAACCGUGGACUGAAACCCCAACGCCACACGCUUUCCGAACGAUGCUUAAGUAAACUUUAUAGAGAGAAUUAAAACAAGACAAUUUUUGGGGGUU